UUCGGCCCGAAUUAGAAGUAGCCUAGUAGGCAAUCGCAAAUACGCUCGGACCUUGUUCUGGCCCAACAUCUUCAGACCGGCCCAAGUUCUUCGUGUCCUCUUGCGCCGCGCGACGUUCCCCCCCGCGAGAAUAGCAGCAGAAGAUCAUGAGCUAGGGUUUAUAUCAUUCCACUUCUCGACGAACGAACGUUCGAUCGAGCAUCAUGAGGGCUCUUCGUCAAACCGCUAAAUUUACAAGGAACCACAAUGCCAAAGUUUUAAUCAGUCGAUUUUCUCCUGCUUCAUCACAUAAACCGUGUAACAGCUCAAAUUAUGCAGAAGGGAAUUAUGCAAGAUAUCAAAAUAUUACUAGAGGCUAUGUUUUCUUCCUGUAUAAAUCUUCCUCGUCUUCUAGACCAUUUUUGGGUUGUCGAAGCCUUUGUUUUAAUAUGGGAAAUACAACCAACAAGAGUGAACAUAAUGGCACAUUUCCUAAUCAAGAUUCUCGGGGAAGCGAUAAUACUGGCAUCAAUGUGGUCAAUGACAAAGUGGCUGUGGUGGUGUCUGAUGACAUUUUUGAGUCCGACUUAGAAGAAGACUUGGUACAAAUUUCUGAUAAUCCUCUUGACUCACAGGACGCCGAAAUGGCUUCAUGUGAUGCAGAAGGUAAAAACCCCACAUCUCCUUUAUUCAAGAUUUUAAUGAAAGCUCCACAGUGUUCUGUUAAAAAUAUUCUUCAGAAAUGGAUAGAAGAUGGUAAUAUGGUGGACCGUGGUGAAGUCUUGGUUACCUUGCUUAAACUUCAAAAACUACGGCUUUAUCGGAAGGCGUUGCAGUUUGUGGAGUGGUUGGAAGCAACAAAAUGUCUGAACUUUACAGAGUAUGACUAUGCUUCACAUCUGGAUUUGGUUGCUAAAGUACAUGGCCUUCAGCAGGCUGAAACAUACAUUAAUAAAAUCCCUGAAUCAUUCAGGGGUGAGAUAGUUUACAGAACUUUCCUAGCUAAUUGCGUGUCUCGUCUAAAUGUGAAAAAGGCAGUGGAGGUGUUCAACACAAUCAGAGAUGUUGGUCUGCCUAUUUCUACUUUCUCUUGUGACCAACUAUUGCUUCUCUAUAAAAGGGUCGAUAAGAAGAAGGUUUCUGAUGUCCUCGUAAUGAUGGAAAAAGAAUCUAUCAAGCCAUCUAUCUUCACAUACAGGCUCUUGAUAGAGUUGAAAGGAAAUUCAUAUGAUAUAAAUGGCAUCGAACAGAUCGUGGAGAAGAUGAAAGCUGAGGGAAUGUGGCCUGAUCUAAUGAUUCAAUCUAUGGUGGUUGAAUACUAUAUCUUUGCAGGAUUCAGUGAGAAGGCAGAAGCAGCAUUGAAGGAAAUGGAGGGCGAUGAUAUCAAGGAGAACCGUGACGCUUGCAAGUUUGUUCUCCCUCUAUAUGCUUCUCUUGACAAAGCUUCUGAUGUUGAGAGGGUUUGGAAAGUGUGUGAGGCUAAACCCCGUCGUGGUGAGAGUCUGGCUGCUAUAGAGGCUUGGGGUGAGGUUGGUUGUGUAGAUAAGGCUGAGGAAGUCUUUGAGAAAACAUUGAAGUUGGGAAAUAAAGUUUCAUCAAAAUUCUAUGAUGCUCUUCUAAGGAUAUAUGCUAAAAAUAAACUUCUAUUUGAGGGGGAAGAUUUGGUUAAGCGCAUGAAAGAGAAUGGAUAUAAGAUUGGUCCUUCAACUUGUGAUGCACUUGUCAAUCUCUAUGUGGGAGUUGGGGAAGUGAACAAAGCUGAUCUUAUUCUUCAGAAAGAAGCUCGGAAGAAUGGGAUAAGGCCUCUCCAUUCAUCUUACAUGACUUUUCUUAAGGAGUAUGCAAAGAGGGGUGAUGUUAAUAAUGCUGAGAACGUACAUCAGAAACUGAGGCAAGCUGGGUUCAGAAAUAGGAUGAAAUUGCAUGAGUUGUUGCUGGAAGCCUACUUGAACGCAAGGAUUCCAGCGUAUGGGUUUAGGGAAAGGAUGAAGGCUGAUAAUAUUUUCCCAAACAAGAAGCUAGCUGAACUACUAGCAGCUGUGGAUGAAUUUAGGAUGACACAGAUUGCACAAUCGGUGGAAUUGGACGAUAGUUUAUCUUAUUUAUUCAAAACACCAGUGGCCGUCUCCUAAUUUAUAUGAAUAUUGGCAGUGCGCCGAGUGACGUGCCAGCGCUACUACUUGACUUGAGUGCCAGCAUGUAGCUCUGCUUUCAGCAAGAAUUUUACCAUUGGGAGCAGGCGCCUUUCAAAUCACUUUCUCGUGUGAACCUAAGUCGUGUUGCGUCACCUGUUCCCCAUGGAGAGCCACCUAUAGUGACGUCAAAGUACCAAUGACCAUGACAGUUACAUAAAACUAAACAAUAGAGAAGAUAAAAAAAAGCGAGAUGAAAGAAAGGAGUCAAAGAGAUACCUGUCUUUUUUUCGAUUUGAUUUUUUUUGGGUUAUGAACUAAUCUAAAAGGCUAUAUCAAAUAUAGUUGGUGAAGGUUAUUGCAGGUAAGCAUGAGACUGUUGUUGGCUUCAGAUCAGAAGUUACCAAGUUAAAUUCUCAGCCAAUGCCUCUUUUAACUUCCUACUCUGUGACCUGACUGCUUCCUUAAAACUACCAAAGCCAGUAACUUGUUUCAGUCCGCUUUCUGCAAUUGAUGAAUCACCUGACUACAGCAGCUCUUUUGGUGCAGUUUAAAAUAUUGACUGCCAAUAAUUACAGAAGAACUGCUUUCUUUGAUCAUUGUUGGCGAUGGUGAUCUCUGAUAACAAAUCAGCUCAACUUGCUGGUUUCUGAAGGCUGUCUGCUUGUAGAUAUAUUCCUUUUGGUGUGGGGGGAUACUCUGCUGAAUAUAAUGCCGUUAUCUGUUGAAGUUCAGAUGUGUAAGAAUUCUGUGCAACAUCUCUGGUCUUGUUGGAGCAAUUGGUAGCACUUGCUGGCAACAGCAUACCUAACAAGUUUUUUCACCUCCCUGAGCUUUGAAGUGUUUUAAACUUUACCAAUAACAAUUACCUCAAAACUUCGAACUUCCUACCACUCCUGAUGAUAGUAGUAGUGGCAAAUGUGGAUAUCUCUGCAACGCCGACCAGGUACUGACCUAAGCAUUUAAAUGGGUGUUAUAAAGCCUUGGUGAUUUUUCUACUGGCUUAUUUCAUUGUGGAGAAAUGAGCACCAGGAAUAAUGCUGUUCGAUGGUUUAUAUAGCCUAGAAGCAUCUGAAGAAAAUAGUAGCGUUAUUUUCUGAGGUGCUUUGGGUAUUCCCUGGAUUUUAUCAGCAGAAACUGCAGGAAAAUGUUCUUGGUUUGCCGCACGCUGAAACUGAUCCUCCUUAUGUAUCUUUGCACUCCGAAGUAGAUAUAUAACGGCAGCUCAUCCCCAUUCUUCUAAUAUUUCUAUUGCGAUUCGCGCAUAAAAAGUAGUUUGAUAGGAUGUUCGAGGACUACACUGCCAACCUCAAACUUCUGAACGAUGCAGCUUCUUGGAAAACUUUCCAGGUGACCUUCUUGAUGAAAUAUAUGGAUAAACUUGUUUCUUAAAUCUUAAUAUAAUUAUAUUUUUAGUCGACGUGUGUAACUCAACUUUGGUUAUCUGUAAUUGUAAAUCUGAGUAACUGCAUGCUAUUUA